GUCCCAUCAGUCUCCUCGGGUCGCGCGGCCUACACUGCCGGUUGCACUCCACCAAAACCCUCCCUUUACCCUUUCCAUUCCACCGCUACUUUGACUUUCGAUUCACUUCCCCCACCCAUUUUCCUCUCCUCGUCGCCGAUCGCAAUCGGGAAUCGUCCCGGAUAUGCACAAGAGCCGGCUCCAGGAGCUCUGCCAGCGCCAGCAAUGGUCGCUUCCGGAGUACGCCACCUCACAUGACGGCCCUGCCCACAAUUUCCGCUUUAGCGCUACCGUCACCGUCAACGGCUCCUCGUUCCACUCCCCCGAUCUCUCCCGGACAUCCAAGGAAGCUCAGAACAAGGCCGCGCUGGUCGCUUUCGAGCAGCUCUCUGACGUGGUCCCGCAGUCGCCGCCCGUGGACUUACCACCGCCUCCAACCCCUGCACCGGCCCUUCCUAUAGAUCUUGGCAAUCAAGUUUCAUACAAGAACCAACUUCAGAUAUAUCUUCAGAAGCAAGCUAAAUGUCUACCAACAUAUACCUAUGUUUGUCAUGCUCUUCAAUUCAAAGUUACUGUUAAAGUUGAUGAGCAAACAUUUGAGAGCACAUCAUAUUGUUAUACUGUUAAGGAAGCUUAACAUUCUGCUGCAAAAGUUGCUUUGAUGUCAUUGUUUGGUGAUCAGCAGGAUGAUGGCAUUAUGUACAAGAAUCUAUUGCAGGAAUUAGUACAAAAAGAAGGGUUGCCUAUGCCAGAGUAUAACACAACGAGAUAUGGUGAACGUCAUGUUCCUACUUUCUCUGUCACUGUUGAAAUCAAAGGCAAAUUAUUUCAGGGAGAUGCAGCGAAAACCAAGAGACAGGCAGAAACGAAUGCUGCAAAGAUCGCAUAUUCUUAUCUUUACCAAGGUGGUCAAGCAGAUUUUCUUCCCAUUUAUCUUCAAUAUUGGAAGAGCAUAUGGAAUCUGAACCUGCUGCUUCAACAUUAGUGCCAAUAAUCAACACAAACUCUUCAAAGACAGGUUGUAUUGGUGUGUAGAUGAUUUUCUUGUUUAGCUUAUUCUUCAACUUAAGUAUACUUGUCUAUGCAUGGUCUGAGCACUAUAUAAUGUAUAAAAACCACAUAUAAUGCUUAUAAAUUGAGCGUCAUUCAUAUACUCCAUCUUUCAUCCAACUCAUGAGUAGCUAUAACAAUUUUGCUUUUGGCAUACAUAAUGAAGUCUUAAACGCUAUGGUAUGGAUUUUUAUCAAGUCUGAUUAUAAUUGCUAAAAUUUUGAAGUUGGUGGUGCAGAAGAUGAACAUGACCAUGACCAUGUACAGAAGCAAGAACCUGGAAGUGAAAUUAAAAUUAGU